ACUUCUGCAUGCGCCACCCCGAGAUUCGCGAUGUAUGUGACCUGGGCCAAAUGAUCUUCUGGAACCAGAAAUGGGCAUUCUACUUUACCGCGGUCAUGUUCAUCCUGAACAACACAUUCAUCAUGGGUCUGCACUGUCUCGUUGGCGCCAAGUGGUGGAACACUAUUACCGGCCACGAGCUUUGCACUAUCGGCUUUUCUGCAAUCACCGCGAUUAUCUCGUUCGUCGCUUCCCUCCCAAGGACAUUCUCUACCCUGGCUAAGAUCGCAACCUUCUCCGCUCUGUUCACCUUUAUCUCCGUCCUCUUGGCUGCCAUCUUCUCUGGAAUCGGACAAAAGCCUGCGGGUUACCCCAGCGAAGGCGAGCUCGAAGUCUACACUGUUGCGCCCUCUGGCACUACCUUUGUUGCUGGCAUGAACGCAUUCAUGAACAUCAGUUACACCUUCAUCGGGCAGAUCACACUCCCAAGUUUUAUUGCGGAGAUGAAGAACCCCAAAGAUUUCCCCAAGGCCCUUUGGUGCGUCACAAUCGCCGAAGUCAUAGUCUUCAGCUGCGUUGGUGGCGUUGUGUACGCCUACACCGGUACACAAUACAUGACAGCGCCUGCAUUCGGUUCGAUAGCGAAUGAGGUGCACAAGAAGGUCGCAUUCACUUUCAUGGUACCGACCAUCAUCUUUCUGGGUGUUUUGUACGCCUCGGUGUCUGCACGCUUCAUCUUCUUCCGCAUGUUCCAAGGCACUCCCCACAUGGGUAAUCAUACUGUCCUUGGUUGGGCCUCGUGGGCAGGUAUCCUCGCCGUUCUCUGGGUUCUAGCGUUCAUCAUCGCAGAAGUCAUUCCUUUCUUCUCCGAUCUGCUCUCACUGAUGAGCUCGCUGUUCGAUUCGUUCUUUGGUUUCAUCUUCUGGGGAGUGGCCUAUUUCCGUAUGAGAAAGGAAACCUACGGCCCUAGGUUCUGGGCCGUACGUGGAAUUCGAGGAUGGGUAGGGUUUAUUUUCAACAUCAUUCUUUGUGGUAUUGGGGUGUUGUUCUUGAGCGCGGGUACCUACGCUACCGUCCAGUCCAUCAUUGACGGUUAUGAGCAGGCGUCUUUUGGGGGACCGUUCAGUUGCGCAGACAACGGACUCUAAAGGAGGCGUCAGUGAAACGGUUUCUUGGUUUUCUCAUUCUGGGACACGGUCCUUACGAUCUUCGAUAGAUGUUUAAUGAUUGGAAAGACACGACGUAUUUAGGUACAAGAUUGGACAUUACGGACAGAAAAGCAAGUGUGACAUAACGAAUGGAGAAUGGACA